AUGGCUGAUUACUUGGGAAUUGUGGCCAUCGUGUUCUUCUAUGUGCUCAUUCUGAUCGUCGGCAUUUGGGCGGGCCGAAAAUCGAAAAGCUCGAAAGAAUUGGAAAGCGCCGAGGGCGCCGCCACCGAAGAGGUGAUGCUGGCCGGACGCAACAUCGGCACCCUCGUCGGCAUAUUCACAAUGACGGCGACGUGGGUCGGCGGCGCCUACAUCAACGGCACCGCCGAAGCGCUGUACAACGGCGGCAUUCUUGGGUGUCAGGCGCCGAUCGGCUACGCCAUCUCGUUGGUGAUUGGCGGAUUUCUGUUCGCCAAGAAGAUGCGCGAAGAGGGCUAUAUUACAAUGUUGGACCCGUUCCAAAACAAGUACGGACAACGAAUCGGCGGUUUGAUGUACCUUCCGGCGCUUCUCGGCGAGACGUUUUGGACCGCCGCGAUCCUAUCGGCUUUGGGCGCCACGCUGUCGGUGAUUCUCGGCAUCGACAUGACGGCGUCGGUGACGCUGUCGGCGUGCAUCGCCGUCUUCUACACGUUCACCGGCGGCCUCUACGCCGUCGCCUACACCGACGUCGUGCAGUUGUUUUGCAUAUUUGUCGGAUUGUGGGUUUGUGUUCCGGCGGCGAUGGUCCACGACGGCGCCAAAGACAUCUCGAGGAAUGCCGGCGAUUGGAUCGGCGAGGUUGGAGGAUUCAAAGAGACGGCGCUCUGGUGGGACUGCAUGCUGCUGCUCGUCUUCGGCGGCAUCCCGUGGCAGGUCUAUUUUCAGCGCGUUUUGUCGUCGAAGACCGCCCACGGCGCGCAGAUGCUCUCGUUCGUCGCCGGCGUCGGCUGCAUUCUGAUGGCGAUUCCGCCGGCGUUGAUCGGCGCCAUCGCGCGCAACACCGAUUGGCGAAUGACCGAUUAUUCGCCGUGGAAUAACGGCACCAAAGUCGAGGCGAUACCGCCGGACAAACGGAAUAUGGUGGUGCCGUUGGUGUUUCAGUAUCUCACACCCAAAUGGGUCGCAUUUAUUGGUCUCGGCGCGGUGUCGGCGGCCGUCAUGUCAUCGGCCGAUUCGUCGGUGCUGUCGGCGGCGUCGAUGUUCGCCCACAACAUUUGGAAGUUGACGAUUCGACCGCACGCUUCCGAGAAGGAAGUCAUCAUUGUCAUGCGAAUCGCCAUCAUUUUCGUCGGCAUCAUGGCCACAAUAAUGGCGUUGACGAUUCAGUCGAUUUACGGCUUAUGGUACCUCUGCGCCGAUCUCGUCUACGUCAUUCUGUUCCCCCAACUGGUGUGUGUUGUGUAUUUCCCGAAGAGCAACACCUACGGAUCACUCGCUGGCUAUGCAGUUGGAUUGUUCCUUCGCCUUAUUGGUGGCGAACCGUUGCUCUCGUUUCCGCCAUUGGUGCACUAUCCAAUGUUCACCGAUGGCGUUCAAUAUUUCCCAUUUCGAACGACGGCGAUGCUCUCAUCGAUGGCAACGAUAUAUAUUGUUUCGAUUCACGCUGAGAAGUUGUUCAAAAGCGGCCGAUUGUCGCCGGAGUGGGACCUGUUGGGUUGCGUUGUGAACAUUCCUUCGGACCACGUGCCGCUUCCAUCGGAUGUCUCGUUUGCGGUGAGCAGCGAGACGCUCAAUAUGAAUAAGCCGCCCAAUGGCAGCCAGCCGCGAACCGAAACAUCAUCAUUGCACCCAUAUUCGGAACAUCAUUACAAUUCGACAUCGUGA